GCAGAGUCACUUCCGGUCCAGGUACGCGAGGCCGCGGCCUUCAUUCCUCUCGGAAAGGUUUCUGCCUUUCCCCAGGUAAAGGAGAAGAUGAUCAAUUUCCAGGAGGCAGUGACCUUCAAGGACGUGGCCGUGACCUUCACCGAGGAGGAGCUGGGGCUGCUGGACUCCACCCAGAGGAAGCUGUACCGGGACGUGAUGCUGGAGAACUUCCGGAACCUGCUCUUAGUAGGGAAUCAGCCCUUUAAACCAGAGCUUAUAUUCCAAUUGGAGAGAGAAGAAAUGCUUUUGAUGUUGGAGACAGAAAUCCAGAGAGGCACCAAGAGUCAUCAUAGUCUGGAAGGUGUUCAAGAAGUGGGAUUAAGCUGCCUUUUUCCCAAAGAGCUUUCAGUGUGGCAGACCUGGCAACAAAGUACCCGCGGGUUAACCAGGUGUCAAGAUUCCAUGAAACAGUUUCAAGGGAAUAUUUCUCAGUUGCAAAAACAAGGUGAUUCCCCCUGCCAGGUUUGGGCAGGAAUACCAAUUCAGACUUCUGAAGAUGAGAAUUGUGUAUUGACUCAUAUAGCAGAUGAUUCCAAUUACAUAAAAAAUCAAGAAUUUCCCUCUUGGAGAGCCCAGCAUUCUUGGAGGAAACUGUAUCUUACAGAGUCACGUAAUCAUCCAUGCAGGUGUCAGCAAAUUUCCAUGAAAAAUAAUGUGUGUAAGUCUGCCAUCAGGUGGCUCUCACAUCACAGUAAUAAUCUGGGUGUCCCCAGAACAGAAAAAAACUAUAGCUGCCAUGACUGUGGAGAAGAUAUCAUGAAGGUUUCACUGCUUAAUGAAGACUUAAUUCAAACAGGGCAAAAGCCCUACCCCAGGAAUGAGUACCGAAGCGCCUUCAGCAAUGACUCCGGCUCUGAAGUUCAUCAGCAGUUGCACUUAGAAGGGAAGCCGGAUGCAUACAGUCCAUGUGGAAAGGACUGUGGUUAUAGUUGUGUUCUUUACAUUCAUCAGAGUGUUCAUAGAGGAGGUGAUUGUGUUUUGGGGAGUUCACACCUGCAACCCCCUCAGGAAAGACCUGUGGAAGAGAAGCCGUGUAAACGUGAACAUGGCGACCUCCAUCAGCGCUCCUCCCCUGACGCUUACGAACUCACUCACACAGGAGAGGCUCCCUGUAGAUGCAACACUUAUGAGAAAGCCUUCAGGCAUCGCUUAGACCUUCCUAGUACGUGCAGGGUCCAUACUGAGGAGGAACCCCAGGAAUUUGAGGAGAAUGGGAAUGUCUUUAAUCCGAGUUCUUGUCUUCAAGCCCAUCAGAAAAUUCACACUGAAGAGAAAGUGUACACAGAUGUGGAGUGCGAUACAGGCUGCAUUUGUGACCCAGAUGGUAGCAUUCAGCACAGAGUUCAUGUGGGAGGGAUUCCCUAUAAUUCUGAGGAGUGUGGUAAUGGCUUCAGUCUGGCCUCACAUUUUCAAGACCUUCACAUAGUCCACACUAGGGAAGAACCAUAUAAACAUUACGCAUGUGGUAACAGCUUCAGCCAAAAUUCCUAUCUUCAAGGCCAUCAGAAAAUUCACAUCAGGGAGAAAACUUAUAAAGAGUACGGGAAUGGCUUCAACUGGAAUUCCAAACGUAAGGACCAUCAGAGAGUCCACACUGGAGAGAAGCCAUACAAAUGUAACACAUGUGGCAAAGGCUUCAGCCACAGGUCAGUUCUUAAUGUUCAUCAGAGAGUCCACACGGGAGAGAAACCUUAUAAAUGUGAGGAGUGUGAUAAGGGAUUCAGUCGGAGUUCAUACCUUCAAGCCCAUCAGAGAGUCCACACUGGAGAGAAGCCCUACAAGUGUGAGGAGUGUGGGAAGGGCUUCAGCCGCAAUUCAUACCUUCAAGGCCACCAGAGGGUCCACACUGGAGAGAAGCCAUACAAGUGUGAGGAGUGUGGGAAGGGCUUCAGUCGGAGUUCACACCUUCAAGGCCACCAGAGAGUCCACACAGGAGAAAAACCAUUCAAAUGUGAGGAGUGUGGGAAGGGCUUCAGCUGGAGCUUUAAUCUUCAGAUUCAUCAGAGGGUUCACACAGGAGAGAAGCCCUAUAAAUGUGGAGAAUGUGAUAAGGGUUUCAGUAAGGCCUCAACUCUGCUGGCCCAUCAGAGAGUCCAUACAGGAGAGAAGCCCUACCAAUGUGAUGAGUGUGGUAAGAGCUUCAGUCAGAGAUCAUACCUGCAAAGCCAUCAGAGUGUCCACACUGGAGAGAGACCUUAUAUAUGUGAGGUAUGUGGGAAAGGCUUCAGCCAGAGAGCUUAUCUUCAAGGUCAUCAAAGGGUCCACACUAGAGUGAAGCCAUAUAAAUGCGAGAUGUGUGGGAAGGGCUUUAGUCAGAGCUCACGCCUUGAAGCACAUCGGAGGGGCCACACAGGAGGGAAACCAUAUAAGUGUGAGGUGUGCACGAAGGGGUUCAGUGAGAGUUCACGCCUUCAGGCACAUCAGCGGGUCCACACAGAAGGAAGGCCCUAUAAAUGUGAACAAUGCGGCAAGGGUUUCAGUGGGUUUUCAAGUCUUCAAGCCCACCACAGAGUCCACACUGGGGAAAAACCAUACAAAUGUGAGGUGUGUGGAAAGGGCUUCAGCCAGAGAUCAAACCUUCAGGCUCAUCAGAGAGUCCACACAGGAGAGACGCCCUACACAUGUGAUGCAUGUGGUAAGGGUUUCCGUUGGAGCUCAGGUCUCCUAAUUCAUCAAAGAGUCCACAGUGAUGAUAAAUUCUAUAAAAGUGAAGAGUACAGUCAAGCUUACCCUUCAUCAGAGGAUCCAUACAGAAAGGAAGUUCUGUAAAAUGGUCUUCUAGUUGGUCCUCAAGUCCUCACAGGGGAGCUGAAGUUUUCCAUUCACUCGAAUUCUUACAGAAAAACAAUAAUUUCUUUCGUGAGAAUGUAAUGUUUCUGCCCAACACUGACAUUCACAGUCGUGAGGAGCCUGCAGAGCCGAGAGAGCCAACAAGAAGGGUUCCAGAGGGAUUUGGUGAGAACUUUAACGUCAGUCAUUGCUCCUGAGUUUAAUCAGUCGCGCCAGGGUUUAUAAAGGGUAUGGUCAGAAUUUUUAACAAAAGUACAGUGAUGAGCAUCCGUCACGCCGUGUCCACUGGAAUGUAAGCUUAUGGAGAGAAGGGGCUUCCUGCAUUGCUACGUCUCCCAAACCGUGACACUGCACACCUCAGUGUAGGUCCUCGGUACUUUUUGCUAAAUGAUUACAAAUGUGUAAAGAUGUUGUGUUUGAAAAUUUUAUUAUGCUACUUCCCCCCCAAAAAAAAAAUCAUUUUAAACUGGAUUUGGAAGAGGAAUCCUGCAUAUGACCCUGAUAUAAGCACUUCAAUACUAUUUGAAAUACUAUUUGAAAUGUAGAACAUGGGCUGCACUGCAGUCCGAAAUUACACGAACUUGGUUGUAACCCUGUGGGGAUUGGUUCUCUCCCUUUGUCCCUCAUAGGCAGAGAUGUGCUGAAUUUCUUAGCAUUUGGUCUCUUUCUCUACAGUCUACUGUCUGUUUCAGUGUAGCUGUGUGUGUGUGUGUGUACCUGUGUGCACUUUAAAUGACAGUACAACUGAUAAAACAGUGUUUCUGGUUAACUUUGCAAAAAUGGAACACUGCAUUUUAUAUAAUUUUUACUCCUGCCCUGUGUGUUAAGGCAGAGUUUUACUGUAAUAUUUGGAAAGUGUCAGAAAUUAUUUACCAAGGAAAAAUACUUUCUUAAUAAAUGUCAAAAUUACAGUACUUGGUUUUUCAGUCUCCAUAUCUGCAUCAAAGUCCUUUUGAUCUAAGUUAUAGCCCUUGCCCAAUUUGCAGCCUGUUAGGCAGGAUUUGUGACAAGUUUGGAGGACUUUAUCAAGUUUUAUACCCCCAUACUUCUUCCACUCACACAAAGAAAGGAAAAAAUCUUGAAUUUUUCAAAAUAUUUUUUCAAACAUAUUGAUUAUUAAGAUAGGAUUUCCUUUUACUUACUAGUCUGUACCUUCAAGAAUAAUGAAUUGUUGUUGGAGGCAGUGAAAAACUCAAGUCUGUUAGAGAAGAGUCGUGUAAUAUGUAUCAAAAUGUAAAGUCUGGAAAUUGUAGAAUAAUAAUUUAUGAUAAAGCACUUUUAACCGAAAA